UUUUCUGUUGAUCAGAUCCUGAUGUGUGAUUACUCAGUCUUAGCUCAGUGUGUGAUAUUUAUUGUGUCUAAAUAUUUAUUUGUGAAUUAUGUGUGAUUUGAGUUAUAAAUGUCAUGAUGAAUUUUGAGGACUGAGCAUAGACGAGAGACACAAGAGUAUUAACUAGGCCUAAUUUUAUUUUAAAAUAAACCGUAUUAUAAAAUUAUACACAACCUAUUCUUAAUCUAAAUUUAAGCUUCGUCAGGAUUGACUUGAUUUCUCAGGUAAAUGGCUACAUCCAGAAACAUUUCUUCAAAGUUUGCUUAGUCAUGAAUUAAAAUGAAUUGCUAGUAUUCGGAAUGGAAGCUAAUGGGGGGAAUCGGACUACUCGUUUUAUGAUGGAAGGUGUUGGAGCAAGAGUGAUUAGAGGACCUGACUGGAAGUGGGGAAAGCAAGAUGGUGGGGAAGGUCAUAUGGGAACAGUGAGGAAUUUUGAAUCUCCAGAAGAAGUUGUGGUAGUUUGGGACAAUGGAACCGCUGCUAAUUACAGGUGUUCUGGAGCAUAUGAUUUGAGGAUUCUGGACAGUGCUCCAACUGGAGUGAAGCAUGAUGGCACCAUGUGUGACAUGUGUAGACACCAACCAAUCUUUGGGAUACGUUGGAAGUGUGCAGAGUGUGCUAAUUAUGAUCUCUGUUCUAUUUGUUAUCAUGGUGAUAAGCACCCUCUGAGGCAUAGAUUUUACAGAAUCACUACUCCAGGGAGUGAAAGGGUUCUGCAAGAUCCGAGGAGGAAGAGUAAGAAAGUGGCAAUCAGAGGUAUCUUCCCUGGAGCACGAGUGGUACGAGGAGUCGACUGGCAGUGGGAGGAUCAGGAUGGAGGAAAUGGAAGGAGGGGAAAAGUCAAUGAAAUCCAGGAUUGGUCAGCUGCUUCUCCACGCUCGGCAGCAUAUGUCGUUUGGGACAAUGGAGCUAAAAACCUGUACCGGGUGGGCUUUGAAGGGAUGGCGGACCUGAAAGUGGUGAAUGAUGCCAAGGGUCAGACAGUGUACAGAGACCACCUGCCACUACUGGGAGAGCAGGGGCCUGGACGGGCUGGACCUCAUGGGUUGCAGAUAGGAGACCAAGUCAAUGUGGACCUCGAACUGGAGAUUGUUCAGUCCCUUCAGCAUGGUCACGGAGGCUGGACUGAUGGCAUGUUCGAGUGUUUAGGUACAACGGGUACCGUGGUGGGAAUUGAUGAAGAUCAUGACAUUGUUGUAUCCUACCCUAGUGGAAACAGGUGGACCUUCAACCCUGCUGUCCUUACCAAGGUUGCUGUAGCCAUAGCUAGCACAAGUACAGCCGAUAGUCAAACUCAGUUUGCCGUUGGAGACUUAGUCCAAGUUUGUGGAGACCUGGAAAGGAUAAAGAUUCUUCAGAGAGGCCACGGAGAGUGGGCAGAGGCGAUGGCACCGACUCUGGGCAAGAUUGGUCGGGUACAGCAGAUAUAUCAUGACAAUGAUCUUAAAGUGGAAGUCUGUGGUACAUCAUGGACUUACAAUCCAAUAGCAGUGACAAAAGUGGCUUCAUCAGAUGGAACCAUGCCUGGCAACUCCAGUGGGGAACGUUUAAGCGCUCUUCUGAAAAAGUUGUUUGAAACUCAUGUCUCAGGAGAUGUUAAUGAAGAAUUGGUCAAAUCGGCUGCCAACGGAGAUGCUCAGAAGUGUGAAGAAUCGCUAAAAAGGAUGGAUGCUGAUGUGAAUGGAGUUUUUGGCGGUCAUACUGCCUUACAAGCUGCAAGUCAAAACGGACAUUUGGAAGUGAUCAAAAUAUUACUGAGACAUCAAGCUGAUGUUGAGGUUGAAGACAAGGAUGGAGAUAGAGCUGUUCAUCACGCAGCUUUUGGAGAUGAACCUGGUGUGAUGGAAUUAUUAGCUCAUGCCGGUGCAGAUUUGAAUGCCAGAAAUAAAAGGCGUCAAACAGCAUUGCAUAUAGCUGUGAACAAAGGGCAUGUUGGUGUCGUGAAAACACUUUUAGAAUUGGGAUGUCAUCCGAGUUUACAGGACUCAGAAGGGGAUACACCACUACAUGAUGCAAUUUCUAAAAAACGAGAUGAUAUGUUGACUUUGCUUUUGGAUCAUAAUGCAGAUAUUAUGUUAACCAAUAACAACGGUUUCAAUGCUCUUCACCAUGCAGCAUUAAGAGGAAAUCCAAGUGCAAUGUGGAUUCUGUUGUUGAAGCUUCCGAGACAAUGGAUCGUAGAUGAAAAGAAAGAUGACGGUUAUACUGCAUUACACCUGGCAGCCUUAAAUAAUCAUGUGGAGGUGGCAGAGCUACUGGUACAUCACGGGAAAGCAAAUAUGGAUUUGCAAAAUGUAAAUUUACAGACAGCCUUACAUCUUGCAGUGGAAAGGCAACACACACAAAUAGUCAGAUUAUUGGUGCGAGAAGGGGCAAAUCUCAAUAUACCAGAUAAAGAUGGAGACACUCCCUUGCAUGAAGCACUAAGACACCAUACAUUGUUUCAAUUGCGUCAGUUGCAGGAUGUUCAAGAUGUAGGGAAAUUAUUAGUUGGCCUUGGAAGUCAAGGGGCUGAUAAGAAAUCAUCAGCAUCUAUAGCCUGUUUUUUGGCUGGAAAUGGAGCUGAUUUAGGUAUUAAGAAUAAAAAAGGGCAAACACCUUUAGAUUUAUGUCCUGACCCCAAUUUGUGCAAAGCCCUUGCUAAAUGCCACAAAGACAAAAAUACAGAUCAGAUUGAGCCGAGAGCUACAGAUGCCGAAGGAAAUGAGGAUAUAACAGAUGAAUGUCUGGUCUGCUCUGAUUUGAAAAGAGACACUUUGUUUAAGCCUUGUGGACACGUGGCCUGUUGUUCAGUUUGUGCACCAAGAGUGAAGAAAUGCUUGAUUUGUCGAGAGCAUGUUGCAACUCGUGCAAAGAUUGAAGAAUGCCUUCUCUGUGCAUACAAACGUGCAAGUGUACUCGUCAAACCUUGUGGUCACAUGGUUGUCUGUGAAUGUUGUGCACCUUUAAUCAAGAAGUGUGUUCACUGUCGUGCACACAUCGACUCCAUGGUCCCGUUCUCUGUCUGUUGUGGUGGCCCAGGUGAAACUACAGAAAUGCCAACUGAAACUGUGGAAGAGUCCUCUGCUUCAAGUGUUUCACCUGUGGAACCCAUCACUCUGACUGGUGCAUUAAUGAAUAAUGGCAGUAGAGACACCUCCAACUCGGACAUUCAGAAGUUGCAACAACAGCUGCAGGACAUCAAAGAACAAACUAUGUGCCCAGUGUGUUUAGACAGGCUGAAGAAUAUGAUCUUCCUAUGUGGCCACGGCACAUGUCAGAUGUGUGGAGACCGCAUGUCUGAAUGUCCCAUUUGUAGGAAGGCUGUUGAAAAAAGAAUCUUACUUUACUAAAUUUUCCAUUUCAAACAUUUAGAAUCCAAAAAAAGGACUAUUUCCCCUCCGCAAAAAAAUAGUUUCAAAAAUAAAUCAGGAUUAAUCAAAUUUCAUAUAGGAAUGUAACCAGAGUGUUAAAGUAUAAGCCUUGUAUUUUCUAUCUGUAAGUUUUAGUUCAUAGUGAUUAAAUUGCAAUCUUUAAGCCUGUUUAACUUCUGUUCUGUUAGCCUAAUAUCAACUAUAUCAUUUCUAAAUGGACCUUAUGAAAUUUAUUCAUACAGUCUUUAUAUUAAUAGUAACAUAAUUUUACAAAUAAAUAAUGUGAAACUACAGUGGAUAUAGAUUAUCUACCUGGGGUAGUGAGUGAUGUAUUCUUUCCAAGUGGCACUGUCAUAUUUUAUUAAAAAGUCAUAAGUCAUAUGUACUCUUCUUGAUUUUAUUGUAAUGCUUUGGUAUAAUUUUAAAUAAUAUACAAUUACUUUUAAUUUAUUUGAUGUAUUAUUAUUUAUUAAAGUUAUUGCUGUAAAUUGUUAAAAUUUACAAUAUUAAAAGACAGUUUGAUUUAAAAUGCUAUUUUAUUAUCACAUUUUACUGUACAGUAGGUUUGUAGUUUUAUGAGUUGUAUUAAUGUUUUUAUUUAAAGAUGCAUGAUUCAUAAUAUAUGACAUUUUGUGUUACUUGUUUCACAUUCAACAGCCUCCUUAGUUUUGUUGUGGCUGUUUUGUGUACUACUAUUUUCAAAGAUUGAAAAAGAAAACGGAUCACUUCAUUAAAAGGAAGCGAAAAAGGAAUGCAGCAGAAAUAUCAGACAAGAACAAGUAAAAACAAGACAUUCAGAAAGGCAGAUUCAGUCCACCCAUUGUCAUGGAAUAAAUUAGACAAUAUAACUGCAUAUGUGUAACAUGUAAGGGAGUGCACAUGGAAUUUAUUUUGUUUUACUACUUAAGUCUUCAUGCCUACAUCUGGAUUCCUCUAAAUAACAAAACUGUGAGGCACAAGAAUUUUGGGUUUUAAAGAUGACCAGAUAGUUCCAGAUUCACACGAGCUGUGUUUAUGCACCAUAUUAUUGGUGCAUCCACUUUGUGAUACGCUAUAACCAAACUAGCUUGAUUAGUCUUUUAAAACAGAUUUAGUUAGGUUCAGUCAGUCCUUAACUGUUUUACUGUUUUUAUUUCACUGACCAACAUAACUUUAAUGACCUGAUCAACUUAUCUUAAUGCUGUAUAGGUUGCUCAACUCGUCCUAGUGAGCAGGUCACGGUUUAUGUAGGUCACAUCAUAUGAAAAAAAUUUAGUAAUUAUAACACCUAGAUUGAAAAAAUUUGACAUUUCAAGUUUUUUUUAACAGUUUGUGUAGGUUUUCCAAAACUAUAUAUAUAUAUAUAUAUAUAUAUAUAUAUAUAUAAUAGGCUGAAAACAAGAACCGAUUGUCAUAAUGACAUGUAAUUUCCAUAGUAAGUCAAGUAAAAUCUGUUCUGUCUAAUAAUGUACUUUUUUUAGGUCCCCGAUAAGAAAACUUUAAAAAAAAUAGUAGCAACCGGAUAAUACCAAAGUACCGUUUACGCAUAGUUACUAAUGUUGAAAUAACUUUGUGUAUUUUUCAAAAGAAUCAUUAAGUAUUUUUAAUGAUUUUUCUGUUCUGGAGUGUAUUUGUACUGUUGUUCAACAUGUGAUCACAAAAAAAAACAGUUUAGCUCGUAAAAAUCAUUUUGGUAUAUAUGAGAUUGAAGUAAAAGGUAAUCAGUGCCUAAUAAUCUUGAACACGUUCAGGUAAAACUGGAUAGUUUUGCAUUUGACGACCGAUUCUAUCAACAUUAAAGUUCAUUACUGACAAUGGUUGAUUUAAAGGAUAACAGGUUUUCAGACAUUUGCUCCGUUAUAUAUCAUAAAAAUAAUAUUACAUAGUAUUUUAUUUUUGUAUCAUAUAACGAUGGCAAAUUUCCGAACUCUGAACCAAUUAUUCUAAUGUGCUGUAUUUCAUACUUGGAUGGACAAACAUUCUUUUAUUUUAUAGUUAUAGA